ACUCGGGAGAGAGCGACGCAAGGUCAGCAGCGGCGGCGGCACGUCCAGGGCGCCAGUGUGCCGGGUGCGCGGCGGGGACGCCCGCGAGCUCGCUGAAGGACUCCCUGGAAUAUCCAGAAGCUGAUUCCAUCAUGGCAGAACUCAAGGUGGAGACCCGGGCCAGUGUGGACUGGCAGAAACGCUGCCUGGCCCUGGAAACCCAGCUUUUCCGGUUCCGCCUACAGGCCAGCAAGAUAAGGGAGCUGCUAGCUGACAGGAUGCAGGACCUGGAGCAGAGGCUGCUGGAGGCAGAGCAGAGAGCAGAGGAUGCAGAGACCCAGGUGGGUGUGAUGGAAGAGAAGGUAAAACUGUCCAAUCUGAAGAACGUGGAACCAGCAGGCAGCCUGCACAGGAAAUACCAAGAAUUGCUGAAAGCCAUGCAGGGCAAAGAUGAGCUCAUCAGCCAGUUGGAGGCACAGCUGGAGAAGCAGAAGCAGAUGAGAGCUGAAGAAGCAAAAAUUGUUCAAGAAAAAGCUGCAAAGAUCAAAGAAUGGGUGACAUUAAAGUUAGCAGAGCUUGAGAUGGAAAAUCAGCACCUGAAAAGCUGUAAGCAGCGCCUAGAGGAGCAGGUGGGAACUCUUCAAGAUGCACUAGAAGCUCUUCAGAUGGCACCUUCAGGAAAGCUGCUGGUGGCUCCCCACAGAGUUCCAGAGCAGGAUUCUAUCCCUUCAGGGCCAGGUGCCCAGCCUGUGGGACAGGGCAGUGGCCCCCAGGCCCAAGAUUUGAAGGUGGCUAUUCCUGCACCUUCUCUAGGUGCCCUGCAGAGCAAGGACUCUGUUUCUGAAGCAAGAAGCCCGAGGGAGGAUUUCAGUUCCAGUGUGGCCUACUCCAGGGAAGUAGCAGAGACCAAGUCCCUUCAGCCUCAUCCAAGAAGAGAGGGCUCUCCCAGUCAUCUGUGUGUGUAUGUUCCUCAUGCUCCCAGACGUGGUUCAGCUUCCUGGGGUGAAGGCCUGGCCACUGUUCAUGGAGGGAUGCUCUCUGGGACCAAGGCCUCUGCCAGAGAAGGUGGCCCCGGAAGUAGCCUGACCUUGCCGAAGGUGCGGGCUCCUGGCAUCCCCUGGAAUAGCAUCCAGGGGGCCAAAAGGCACCACAGCCAGCCCCAGGUGGGCCCUGGGCACUUUGACCAUAUGGUGAGCUUUGAGAUUGGGGCCCUCUCAGCCCUUCACCCCUCUGGCCUUCCUAAGCUGAGGGCCCAAGCUGAGCUCCCAGAAGAACCAGAGAAAAUGGAGAUGGAAGAGCCACCCACAGCAGGGAAGAAGGAGGAAAGAGAGAGCCUGAAGCCCCCUGGAGCAGAUUUGGAGGAGCUGGAGCUGGGGACCAAACCACCCACGCCCCCCCUGCACCGGUUUCCAUCGUGGGAGAGCCGGAUCUAUGCCGUGGCCAUAGCGGGUAUGCAGCUGUCAGACGUGGCUCCUGGAAGUGAUGCUGCUGGCUGCCCCUCAAGCCCUCCUGUGAAUGCAUCCCCUGGGCCUUUCUCUGGCCUUGUCUACAAGAAUGUCACUGUGCCAGUCUACACAGCACUGAAGGGGAGAGCCACACAGAUCAGCAGCGUGCCCUUUGUGGAUGAGUCCUCCGGGUCAGACGAUGACUGCAGCUCUCAGGCCAGUUUCCGCAGUUCAGUUCCCUGCUCUGAGUCCAGGAAGACGAGUGGACUAGGCAGCCCCCGAGCCAUCAAGAGAGGUGUCUCCAUGUCCUCACUGAGCUCUGAGAGUGACUAUGCCAUUCCCCCGGACGCCUGCUCCUUGGACAGUGACUACUCAGAACCUGAGCACAAGCUGCAGCGCACUUCAUCCUACUCCACCGACGGGCUGGGCCUAGGCGGGGAAUCACUGGAGAAGUCAGGCUACCUGCUGAAAAUGGGGUCUCGGGUGAAGACAUGGAAGAGGCGCUGGUUUGUCCUGAGACAGGGACAGAUUAUGUAUUACAAGUCUCCAAGCGAUGUCAUCCGCAGACCUCAGGGUCAAGUGGAUCUGAACUCCAGCUGCCACAUUGUUCGAGGGGAGGGGGCACAGACGUUCCAGCUCAUCUCUGAGAAGAAAACCUACUACCUGACUGCUGAUUCACCCAGCCUGCUGGAGGAGUGGAUCCGAGUACUACAGAGCCUGCUGAAGGUGCAGGCCACUGGGCCUUCUGCCCUGCCUCCGGGUGGCACCAAGCCGACUGUGAAAGGCUGGCUGACCAAGGUAAAGCAUGGCCAUUCUAAGCUGGUGUGGUGUGCUCUUGUUGGGAAGACCUUCUACUACUAUCGGAGCCAUGAGGACAAGCGACCCCUUGGCCGUCUGCCUGUGCGGAAUGCACGCAUCGAGGAAGUAGAUCGGUCUUGUGAUUCAGACGAGGACUAUGAGGCUGGAGGAACUGGACGGUUGCUUUCCUCCCACUGCACACUGGUGAUCCAUCCCCCAGAGCAUAGCCCCACCUACCUCCUCAUUGGCACCAAGCGUGAAAAGGAUACAUGGCUCUACCACCUCACAGUGGCUGCAGGUGGCAGCAGUGCCAAGGUGGGCACUGCCUAUGAGCAACUCAUUGGAAAACUGAUGGAUGGCGAGGGAGACCCAGAUUCCCCCCUCUGGAGGCACCCGAUGCUGUGCUACACCAAAGACGGGCUGUACAGCUCCCUCACCACACUGCCCUCCGAGGCUCUGCAGACGGAGGCCCUCAAGCUUUUCAAGUCCUGCCAGCUCUUCAUCAAUGUGCCUGUGGAGGCUGCCUCAGUGGACUACCAUGUGUCCCUGGCCCAGACGGCACUUCAGGUCUGCCUGGUUCACCCUGAGCUGCAGAGCGAGAUCUACUGUCAACUCAUGAAGCAGACUACCUGCCGCCCGCCUCAGAAGUACUCCCUCAUGCAGUGCUGGCAGCUCCUGGCUCUGUGUGCCCCACUGUUUCUUCCUCAGCAUCACUUCCUCUGGUAUGUCAAACAGCAGCUCCGGCGCCAUGCAGAUCCCAGAAAUGAAACCGGCCAGUAUGCCACCUACUGCCAGCGGGCAGUGGAGCGGACCCUGCAGACCGGGGAACGGGAAGCCAGGCCGUCCCGCAUGGAGGUGGUGUGCAUCUUGCUGCGUAAUCCCUUCCACCACUCUCUUCCCUUCAGCAUCCCUGUGCACUUUGCCAACGGUACUUACCAGGUGGUUGGUUUUGAUGGCUCCUCCACAGUCGAUGAGUUUCUCCAGCGGCUGAACCAGGAGACAGGCAUGAGAAAGCCUUCCCACUCUGGCUUUGCACUCUUCACGGACGAUCCUUCUGGCAGGGACCUGGAACACUGCCUGCAGGGGAGCGUCAAGAUCUGUGAUGCCAUCUCCAAGUGGGAACAAGCCCUGAAGGAGCUGCACCCUAGAAAAUCUGAGGGAGGCACACGCGUCGUGAAGCUGAUGUACAAGAACAGGCUGUACUUUCGAAGUCAAGUCAAAGGCGAGACAGAACGAGAACGAUUGCUGCUUGCCUCCCAAACUAGUGGAGAGAUAGUGGCAGGGAGGUUUCCUGUCAACAAGGAACUGGCUCUUGAGAUGGCUGCCCUGAUGGCCCAGGUGGAAUACGGGGACUUGGAGAAGCCCAUCCUGCCAGGCCCUGGGAGCGCACCCCCUGCCAAAGCUCAGCAUCUCCUCCAGCAGGUUCUAGACAAGUUCUACCCAAGGCGCUACAGACAUGGGGCUCCCCCAGAACAGCUGAAUGACACCCUUUUCUCCACUGCCCAACCCAGGCUCCUGACAGAUAUGCUGACCACAAAGUGGGCAGCACUGCAAGGCUGUUCUCCUUCUGAGUGCAUCCGCAUCUACCUAACCGUGGCCCGGAAAUGGCCCUUCUUCGGAGCUAAGCUUUUUGUUGCUCAGCCUGCCCAGCUGUCUUCCAAGGAGAGCACACUGGUGUGGAUUGCUGUGAAUGAGGACGGUGUCAGCAUCCUAGACCACACCACCAUGCAAGUGCAAGUCACUUAUCCCUACUCUUCAGUGAUGACCUUUGGUGGCUGCAGGGAUGACUUCAUGCUUGUGAUUAGAUCCCAUCCAGACCAGGGCUCUGGAAAAGGCCACAUUGAGAAGUUGAUCUUCCGGAUGGCUGCUCCUAAGAUUGCAGAAGCUACCUUCAUCAUGGCUAGCUACAUGAACCAUUGCUCUGGAACUGUGAACAGCUCCACCAGCCUGGCUGCAGCCCACCACCCAUGGGAACUGGAUGGACGACAGUUCUUUGCUUCUGUUCCCUGUGCUACCAAGGGGCCAACGUUGCUGUGAAUACUUCUACUCCU